AUGGGAAUAAAGAUCAACCUAUUUCUAAUCCUUAUCAUUGCUUUAAUUUCCUUUUUGGAAAGUUCAACUCAUGCCGUCCCGUUAAAUAUUGAGAAAAGACAGAAUGAUAACAAAGAGAAUAAUGACAUUUGCAAAAAAUCGAACCUAGACGAAGGAGAUGGUACACAAAAUCGGGAUGGAUAUUGUGUAGAAACAGUUUUAGGAGAAGUUCCGGAUGUUGAUAACAUGAUUUCAACUUUAAUCAUUGAACCAGAAGAUGGAUCCACAAUACCUGCGAACGAAAAAUUUCGGAUUGAAACAAUUUCCGAAAAUUUAAUUACCGGAUUUUUCACGGAUCCGAUAAAGGAAUAUUACGUAAGACCUCAGGAAUUGGAUGACGGAAAAAUCAUUGGACAUUCUCACAUAACUAUCCAAAAAUUGAACAAUGACAAAAGAAAUGUCCCGAAUCCCGAGAAUUUCGCCUUUUUUAAAGGAUUAGAUGAACCCGCUCAAGACGGCGUUCUUGGUGUUAACGUUGAUGAGGGUUUACCUGCCGGGAAUUAUAGAAUUUGUACUAUUGUUUCUUCAUUUUCUCAUCAACCAGUUAUUAUGCCCGUUGCUCAAAGAGGCACAUGUGACGAUUGCAUAAGAAUUAAA